AUGUUUGAAGCUAGAUUAACACAAGCCAGUAUGUUUAAGAAGAUUCUUGAAGCUAUCAAGGAUCUCGUAGAGAAUGCCAACUUUGACUGCAGUCCAGCUGGUAUCUCACUCCAAGCUAUGGACAAUGCUCACGUCACCCUCAUCAAUCUCUUGCUCCGUCAAGAUGGUUUUGAAACCUACUCUUGCGAUCGUUCACUCUCUCUCGGUCUCUCACUCCCAUCUCUCUCCAAGGUUCUCAAGUGUGCCAACAAUGACGAUAGUAUGACUAUCAAGGCUCGUGAUGAAGCUGAUACUGUCACCUUUGUCUUUGAAAGUUCAAAACAAGAGAGAAUUAGUGACUUUGAAAUCAAGUUACUUGAUAUUGGAAAUGAACAAUAUGGUAUUCGUGAUUCUGAAUACUCUGCCGUCAUCAAGAUGCCAUCAGCUGAAUUACAAAGAAUCUGUCGUGAUCUCUCUAUUCUCGGUGAUGUAGUCACUAUCUCUGCCGACAAGGCUGGUGUCAAGUUCUCCACCUCUGGUGACUCUGGCUCUGGUAACAUUACCGUCCGUCCAACCACCGACUCGUCCAUUGCCGCCGAAGACUCGACCACCAUCGAUUCCAAGGAACCAGUCACCCUCAACUUUGCCCUCAAGUUCCUCAGUUUCUUCACAAAGGCCACCCCACUCUCGCCAACCGUCACCAUGAAGAUGUCUGAUGGUGUCCCAAUCGUCGUCGAAUACUCGAUUGAAGAUUUGGGUUAUUUGUCUUUCUUCUUGGCUCCAAAGCUCGAGUAA